GUGGGAGAUGACAGCAGCGGAUGCUGCUGUAUGCCAUUCGCGGGAUGAACCAUAACAGCGCGAGAGAAAUGUUUUGCGCUAUACAUACUACAAUUUGUGCUAGACUUCCAAAGAGCACGGAUGGGUUUUCUUUGGCCUCCCCGCCAGUAUAUGGGGCAGUCGUGAAGAGGGUGUGUGAGUUUUUCUUUUCUCCCUCGUUUUUUUUUCGCACGAAAAAAGGCUGAAAAUAGUGGAAAAUUGUGACAAAUGUGAUUAGAAGCUGUCGCGGAUAGUGUGCACAGCAGUUGUUGGAAGCGUUCAAUGAUGGGGGACAGUUUAAUAAAUGAAGCUGAAAGCUUCGAAAUGUUAAAGGCUCUGUAUGACUUUACGGCCGUUUACCCGAAAACGAUUAGCUUCGACGAGGGCGAGUACUUUAUCCUACAUCAAACCAGUGCCCGCCAGCGGAACUGGUGGCAAGUGGUCAGCAUGAAAGGCAACAUCGGAUUCGUUCCGUCGAAUUAUGUCAUGAAGCUAAAGGUGGAUCCGAACUUCCUCAAUGGAUUUCUCGAAUCCAGCAUUGAAUCCCUGCGAAUGUCGACUGACAAAGAAAUUAACGGUAUCAUUCACCGUGACGAACUGAUGGAUAGACUGAUGGAGAAGAAGAUGAGAGUUGAAAAACUGCUAAAGAGUGAAUUUUCAGACAACGAAGAAGAACAGCCUCUCAAAAUGGGCAAUGGAAGCAUCAGACAUUUGGAUGAUUAUUCCUGCAAUAAUUGUAUAGAUCCCAAUCAAAAUUACAAAGAUGCUGAAUAUAGGCGUUCACCGGUCACCUCAAAACAUGAGAAACUAACCAAGAAGUCACAAUCUAGUCCUGCGGUAGGAGCCACAAACAGUGUACCGCAGUUUGUGCAGGAAAGUCCCAGCAUGAGCAUUCUUUCAUCGAAGCUCAACCAGGACGAUCCGGCAACACCGACGGCACAGGAAAGUAGUGUGCUAUCCGAAGUGUCCGAAGCGGAAACUACCAACACGGCGACCACGACUACAACCACAACUACAAGCGACGAAAUCACGGCCAUCUCCAGAGGGGAUGAAGAAAAUGCUCGAACAGAGUUGAUCGCGGAACCAGAAAUACAGACCGAUCACGAGAUGGAGCUAGAAAUUACCAAUAAUGAUGACAUGACUACCAGCGAGAACGAACCACAACCCAAAGAGUCCUCCGCCAAAGAACCAUUAAGCGAACCGGAUACGAUUGCGGAAAGUCAAAACCUGAACGAUAUCUCCGACGCGAGAAUCGAGCCGCAGGAUGUUUAUCAGGUGGUGGAUGCUAUCCGUACCAACACCAGCCUGAGUCAUGAGAUGGCUUGCGUUGCACUCCGCGUUGUGCUCAGUGAACUGGAACCCUUGCUGCCUCCCCCAGUGAUCAAGCAUUUGGAACCGAUAGCCGUGCAUCUGACCGCCCCCCUGGACGUACCGGAUGCAUUACUAGCCCAAACCCAUGAUGCCCAGCGGCUGAGGGUGAUUUUCACAGGUCUCUCGGACUGUAAGAAUGAUUCCGAACAGCGCACCUGGAUGCUACACGAAGACGAAGCGGAUAUCAGUCGGUAUCUCAACGAAUUGAUUACCAUUCUCACGGAUGCCGAUCCGAAAAUCUGCCGCAAUGAGAUGGCAGUUGAUCACUACCAAAGUGUCAUCAAUUUGGUUCUUUAUUAUCAGAUGGAAACGCGUUGGUCCAUCCGUAAGCUGCUGCUGAAGGCAUUUAAAGCAAUGUGUCACCUCGAUUACACUACGGUUGAUAUUCUGCUCGGUUCGGUCUUACCGCUGGAAAUUGUCCAGGAUAUGAUUUCCAACGCCAGGAACGUGGAGAAACUUCAGGAGCUAGCCAAUAUGUUGAUUAUUGUAUUCUCGAUUGGUAGACGAAUGCCGGUGAACCAGCAAGAGCACCUCAGAUCCGACUUCGUUAUCUUUCUAUUGAAUAUCAUCGAGAACCCGCCGGACACGGAUAUCCACAAUGUGUUAUCGGACACCAUGAUCAACCUUAUAUUGUCGUUUAAUCUGCAAUUCGACAACUUCGCCGACAAUGUCGUACUCGAGGCCAUGGAGCAAAUACAAACCGCAAAAACAUUCACCGAGAAAAUCUUGGUGCUUAUUAAUCGUGAAGAGGAUCCAGUACAUACCCUAAAACACACUCCAGCGCACAUAAAUCCUGUUCUAAAGAUGUUAGUGGACUUAUUCAGCCGAACGGAAACUGCUUCCAUCUUUUAUACCAACGACCAGAAUGUGCUGAUUGAUAUUCUUGUGCGCCAGUUGUCGGAUCUUUCGGCCGGAGAACCGAUUCGCAAAUGGUACCUGGAGCUCUGCAGAAAGAUCGUGCGAAACACACGGUACUCAGAGCACCAACACCGCAAGCAGGACCUGAUGAAGAUCUUCACCCGGAUCUUCUGCGAGGAGACGGAGUGCAGCGCCGGAGAUCAGCAGAUUGUGCGGGAGAUUGCCAACGAGUUCCCGCAAAUAUUCAAAGCGUGAAAACAGUUGGAACGCAAUGGCUUCGAGCAGGCCGCAUCCCCCACGCCAGCAAUAAUACCAAACGUACUGAUGGAGGUUACCGCGGGUACCGUGCAGAUGCACUCGAGUUUUGUUCAGUAUCUUUUUACGCGCGUCCUUGGCAGGAAGGAUGGCCAUAAUAAUAGCAUUUCUAUGCUUCCGAAUAAUUAGUUGCAGUGAAUGUUGAAGCUUGUCGUUGGGUUUUUCUAACUAGAAUUCGGAAAAAAAAACUGGUGGACAGAGUGGUGCUGGGAUGUAACAGGGUUUUUUCCGAAAAUAUUUUACACAUUUGUAUAUAUUCUCAGUUUACAUAGCAGUAUAGAAUCCUAAUGGCUCGUACUACACUGAUGGUCGCAAAAAAUCCCAUUUGAAAUCGAAUUGUUCGAAUAUUGAAAGUUUUGUCAAACUUUUCGGUAUUCCAGUCAAUACGUUAAAGUAGGUAAUAUGACCCCUUUUGAUCUCGAUAAUCAACUGACAACCCAUACUCUCAUUGGGGUUCCGGAGGUGUUGGGGAUUCAGCUCGUUCCAAGCUUUCUUCAACGCAGCAAAAUGGUUUUGCUUGUUCGUAACGUCGGUUUUGUCCACUUUGUUGUUCAAAAUCGCGUUCAAAAAUUCCUAAUACGAAUCAAGUUCGGGCCGAUGGGAAAAAUGCUGUUGUUUUCUUCGCAGAAUGCUUCAGGUUAUUAUCUUGCUGUAAGGUGUAAUUAUUCUUCAAACUCAUUUUCAGCAUGGAUUCUUCCAGGUUCUUGCGCAAAAUGUCGAUGGAACCAUCGGCAGUCAUAAUACCGUUGACCUGCGCUGUGUGUCCCACCCCAGCCCACGAGAACCAGCGCCCCACCAUGAUGCUCCCAACACAGUACUUCAUAAUCGGUUGUAGAUGCCGGUUCUGGAGGCCCUCGUCGCUCAGAUUUUCUUGUUAAACGACUCGAACUUUGACUCUUCCGACCAAAUAACGCGCUUCCAGAAUUCAGCGACUCGUUGACAUGAUCCUUCGCAACCUUAUUUUUUUUUUUUUUUAUCUUCGCUUAUUUUUCGUCGGCCUAUUUCCGCCACUUUAGUGCCAAUCACCGACAACAGGGAGGCGACUCCACCUGUUCCUACCUAUCAGACUCAACAACUCAUGAGCCGGGCCAACUUCUUUUACUUCCCCUCCGAAGGAAGACGUAACCAGAGAUUUUUCGCCUCAGAAAAUCCCAACGACGCCAGCUGGGAUUGAACCCAGGCCGAUCGGAUUCUUCGCAACCUGAAGUCGUUUUUUGUUGGUGUUGCUGAUCAUCUGUCCCUUUUGGCGAAGUAGCUCUUCAAGUGACGUUCCACCAUGCGUCGUCGAAUGGUGCGAUUGGAAAGGUCCAGAUCCAACCAUUCUUUAAUCGCCUAAAUGAUCUUUCGUAGGUGUUCUUUACUUCACGAAUGAUUAGCGUGUUCGUUCUUGCAUCAGUCGUUUCGGUCCUCUUCCCGGUCAAUCGGCCACGCAUCUGAUGCAUCCGAGUGACCUGCUGGUCCGCACCACGGCUAACUUCUCAGCAAUGUUUUGUUCAGAUUCUUUACAUUGGAAGUCGUGCACAAUCGAAUUUCGGACCUGCUUUCCACCCAUUUUCCGGGAGCUUCCUCAACGUCAAAAACACGUCACUGUGCACGAAAAGUUGACUAAACAGCUACGAAAAUUAUGUUUGUGUCAUAUGUAAACAACUAGCUGACGAAACCGAGGGGUGUAUCGAUGAAGAAAACACGGUAAAACAAUUUUACGAAAGUGAUUUUUUGAUGUCAUACCCUAAAACAAAAGUAAUUUUAUGUUUUUCUAAAAACUAAAUCAACCAUGCUGAAAUGACUGGAAUACCGAACAAUUAAAAAAAAACUUUUAUAUCGGAAUAGUUCGAUUGCAGAGUUUUUUUUAAUGCCUUUUUCAUUUUUUAUUUGAGAGGCUUUCAGCCUCCUGGGUGCACCCGUGGCCGAGUGGUUAGCGUCUCACAUUAUCAUGCCGGGUGUUCGGGUUCGAUUCCCGUUCUGGCCGGAGGAUUUUUCGUCAAAGAAAUUUCCUUCGACUUGCACUGUGGUCACGCGUAUUCAAGAACUUGCCCCUCGGAAUACAUUCAAGGAGUGUUAUUUGGCUUAAGAAAUCUCAACUAAGUAUUAAUAAAUGACGCUAGUUAAUGCAUACGUUGAGAAGGCAAAAGUUUCACAGGGAACGUUAACGCCAUUCAAGAAGAAGAAGAAGCUGAUUCGCCUCUGUAGCGACGGCAGUAUACAUUUUCCGCACAUUUCAAUAAGUAAAUGAUGUUGGUUUAUCCAGUCGAAAAUAUGAUCAUGGUUUGUCCACUUUUUUGAAUGCUCUAGUUCAGCGCACCUGUGUCAAAUCAGAUAUUCAAAUGUUUCCAAACAUAUAAAUAAAAUAGUCUUGUUCAUGAUUUACAGUAGUUUUAUAGGAUAUUUUUACGGAUUCAAAUGUUUUUAAGGUUUAUGAAGUCCACCUUCUAUUGGUGUCAAAGCGCGCCUCAUUUGAGCUAACUUUCAAUCAACCACCAGAUGAUUAUUUGGCACGUAUUCAGACCAUUUCUGGAUUAUAACACUUACAAAUAUAGUAAACAUCAUGCUUGCACACCAUUUGGAUCUGAUUUGUACAUCUAAAACAUGUUAUAAAUGCAUUUCAAUGAACUCAAUUCUGAUCGUGAUUUAUUCUACCUUUAAAAUGUCCAAGAAAAAGCAAUAUUCUGAACAAAGUCUAAAUUAUGAAUGGAUCGAUUUGAUGACAUCAAACUCAAGCAAUGAGAAAUGCAACAUCUACUUGAAAAUUCGAUGUUUUUUUCAUUCAAAAAUAGUGAUUUCUAAAACCAAACAAAUCAUGAUCAGAAGUGGACAAACCAUGAUCAUAAUUACGCUUUGAUGAAAUCGUUAAAAACAUAAAAAUUUGGAUAAUUUGGACGCCUAUGGUAUUAUUAGCAACUAGAGACUUGGAGCUUUUCCACAAGCCCAACAAGCCUUGCGUCUUGAUUAUAUGUGAUUUUCAUUAAGAAAAAUCGUUUUGCAUUUACUGGUUGCGUGAAAACACCCUAAAUCGGACCAACCAAAAUCAUUUACCCUACAUAAAAUACAUAUAAAAAUUAUAGGAGGUUGUAUACGACCGCAUUCUUGACGUAGAACUACGCUGUUAUGUUAUAUAAGUCGCUUGUUUAUACCUUCGUAUAUUAUUCUAUAAUGCUUUGGCGCACCUUAACGUCUGCUUCGCCAUAAUGUCAGUUUAAUGCAUUGAUAAAUUCUCGAAGGCACCAACGAAGCCCUUAUGAUGACGGAAAACAAACAGUGUUAACUGCUUGGAGAAAGACUGAAUUGUGCCACACAGCUUGUACUCUGCUGAAAGACCCAUCGAUGCGAAUUCGCUGAUGAGUUUGUCAAGAGCGACCGCCUCCACCACCAGCGGGGGGAGCUUGAUUUUUGUUGAUGCCUGGGUAACGGCGUUUACAUUAUUUAUGACCGACGCGCCGAAAUCGCCUACUUCGCUGUUGUUCGAUGCGGUGUCACACUGGCAAGGUUCGGUUCAGUGCGAGCGCUUUUCACUGCACCAACAUCGCGUGCAUCAUUAGAUGACGCUUGCCUCGAAAUUUUAUUGCCCCUGGCAAUACGUUCGUUUUUUGCAGGGCUCGAACCUGCCUUCCUCUUCUUCUUGCUCAUCGAAGAAGUCGUCCAAUUUAUGACGCGGAAAGAAAAACACGAUACGAAUAAAGGCCGUUUUAUAUUAUCCAGCACGUAGCGUAAACGGCACGUACCGACACCGGCAGACAAAUACAUGAUGUAUUCAUAUCAUCAGACAUAGCAACUUCUCUGUACGGACCGGCAGCGCGGACGGAGCGGAGAAAUGCUACUGGUGAUUGAACCGAUGUCGUACCGAAGAGCGACGAACGCACCACUACCACGAACUUCGACGUUUGAUAUGUAUGUAUGGUGCUACUCGCCCGUGUAGUUCGUGCCCGGCACCGGCAAAAUAUUCUUUUCGAGAAAUCCUUCAUGCAUUUGUCUGAAACGUGCUGUGUAUGUUCGGAGCCGUUCCGCUAUGUAUACGCAUACACAUUUGAAACACAUGCAAUAAUAUUUGUCUUGCAUGAAACGUGCCGUGCCGGUUACGCUACGUGCCUGAUAAUAUAAUAUUACCUUAACGCGAAAAACGAACAGAAAAACCAAACGACGAUAUCCAAGUUGGAUUACCAUUGGUGGGGUCCAAUCUUAGAUCGAAGCGCAGCGAAAGCAAAGUGAACUGGAUUACUCAACAGUCCGAUGCCGAAUGAAAGUUUGCCUCGUCGAGAUCCACUGUUUAUACUCUAGGCAAGUAUUCCCCUUCAUUCUUCUACUUUUCCUUUGUUCAUGGGGACUUUGAAUCCUACGAUUUCCCCUCCGUUGCUCGUCGAUAAGUUGCUCUCUAUUGACAGGUCUGUUCGGGAAAGCACACAAAUGGACAGAACAAAUGUAUGGGAAAAUGGAAACGCCUCAAGUUUUCAUGAAUUUUAACCAUUUACAAACCGGGGGAUUCUAAUGUAUAGCAUAUUAAACAAAUCUUACGUAAUUUCCGAUUCGUUUAGUAUGUGAAUCGCCAAAAUCCGUUCGCGGCAAAAAUAGUUAUUAACGUUAACUUUAUUUCAUAAAAACGUGACCUGUUUUCUGAUUUGGCACCCUUAAUGAAAGACGUGGUUCUACGUCAAAAAUUAACAUAGAAUGACUGCAUAAAAUUUGAACUUGAAAUAACAACGAUUUAAAACAAUUAAACAAAAUUCUCGUCCAUUCCUGCUUGCUUGCUGGAUCAGAUGGCAAGAAUGUGCUCGGAUCAUGGCUCCAGAUCAGUGGAAAGGACGCCAUGCCGUUGAACACACUGAAUGUUCGACGGAAUUGUGGAGCGACGAUAUUGACAGUGAUCGCAGAGUAGACGGAAAGGUCCUCCGUUGAAAUCGUGUGAGACCGAGCAGUGACCCUUAACCUCUCUGAGGAACUUCUCGAAAAUGCCGGCCACCUCUGCCGAGAAGACCUGACAAAUCGCCACUUUUUUUUGCCGGAAAUUAGUCUGUUAUUACCGCCGUUUACCCCAAAUCCAACUCCUGAUGGUCUUUUUGUGCCGUCCGUAUACCUGAUUUCGUGGAUACAGUAUUUUUCUGCUAUGAUGGACUUAAAGUGUUCUGCAGACCGUCCGAGCUCUGCAGGAUUGUGUUGCUAAGGGCGGUCAGGUAGGUAUUCCCACUACCGCUGAUUUUCGAUAAUGAUUUGGCAGUCCUAGAUAUGAUGGCCUAGUCGAUGAUUAAGUCGAAAGAGCGUUCUCUAAUUUCAGCGUAGACAGAUUCAGCUGGUUUAAUAAAUCGGUGCCAGAGUUUUUGGGAGCAUAUCUGCGGCCAAACACGUCAGCUCGAGGCCAUAGGUGAGACGACUGCUGAUGAUAGCAUUUGCCACCCGUUGUUGCUCCUUUGUGGUUUGGAAAUAGUUUUCAGAAGGUGGCAUAGUUCUUAUCAAUUUCCUACAAAUGGCGGAGGAAGCAAAGUUUGUGGUCGACCAACACUCCGAAGAUGUUUAAUGUUUUUGGACGAGAAAUGCAUUCUUUAUAUCUGGAUCCUGGAAGUGAGACCCUUAUGUCUGAGGCUGCAUAUCACCAUAUGGCCGCUCUUCUGCGCUGAGAGUUAGUUAGAAAGUUAGAAAGUCUCUUUCGGCUCCCAUCGGCCGAUGGCGUCACUAGCUGUCUGUAUCCUGAUGCGUGGAAUCCUGUGGGUGGCAUCAGAAGAAUGUCAUACGCGUAGACGAACACGAAGGCUCUCCUAGGCAGCACCUGGAACAGACUAUUCAUGACGACGAGAAAGAAGGUGUCGGCAAAAACAUAACCUUGAGGUACUCCUGUCUCGUGUAAAACUUUGGAGCUGUCCUCGGAUCACGAAUGGAGCCCGGAAGGGGUUUUCGUUCUUGGGUUGGAGGCUUCGACCCCCUCUGUGACUAUUUUGUUGAAAGUGUGGGGUUGUCCCUAGAUAGCAAGAAGUCGUAGGUUUUUUAAAAGGUUGUCCAGUUCACAUGGGUCUACGAGUCAUGAGCGUUGGCGGGUCGUUGAAGCUAACGGUUAUCGGGUAGUGGUCGCGCCCAUGAAAGCCGACGGCUUUGUUCCAUCCUAGCCUACCCACCAAGUUAAGGCUUGCCGCUGAAAUAUCAAUAGCUGUGAUACUUGUACCUCUGCGGAAAGUAUACGUGCCGUCGUUCCCUUCCCGUCUACCCUAAGGAUUUUUUGGAUGUUUGUUGGGGAAACUAGAUUAAUCUCUUUGAGUGCGAUUAUAGACGCUGUCAGCUCUCGAUCAAGAAUCCCCAGUUCUUCUAAAUUGUUGUACAGCCCAUUGAUGUUCCAUUGAAGAGCGAGGUUGGUGGUCAGACUUUGCUGCUCUGAUAGACGGUGUGGUGAGGAAUCCGAUGUGUAGUGGUAUUGGAUGCGAUGUUUCCUGGUGGAACUCCAUCGACAACGUUGCGCGGUUGGGCUACCUUGCCACUCGGAGGCAGCCAAGGAAACGUGGUGAGAUUUGUUGGGAAGUUGGAGCUCCGGCCAUAGCUUGAAUAAAAUAUCGUCGACUGCGUCUGCAUCAUGCAUCAUAGAUGUCGGCAUUAGACUUUGCUUCAACUGGCAUAGGCGAAGCACGGUCGAAUCAGAGGGUGGAUCUUCGGUGAAUUAGGACAUCAACUGUGGAUGGUGCUGUGUCGGCGGCUUGAAGGAUCGCAGUGGCAACGAUAGACGAUGUUGUCGUUACCGCCCUUGUGCGUCCCGGUCUCUGGUACUAAUCCCACGUGGUUCUUCGAGGAAUAUGUGUUGCCACGCUUUUGCAUUCCGAUUGCUGAAUCGUAGUAUACUGCAUCUCCCUGGCGCUGCGGGUAGCAUGCCAGUACAGGUGGGGAUAUAACGUCCGCACUGAAGGGGCAUCAUGCCUUUUGUUUUUUUAUUUCAUUUAUUUGUACCUGCUCAGUUACGUUGGUUUCAAGUUCUGCGAAGGUCAAACGAUAUAUCUCUUCGUUUCCCUGCUCCCUCCAUUCUGUUCAUCUAUAAAAAACUAAUCAGCAAUUCGAUUCCAAUGGUGGUAAAUUGUAAGAGAGACCUAUUUAUUCGACAAGAACAAAAACAAAAAAACUACGCCAUAGCCCAAAGUGGCCAAGCAUUUCUAUUGCUAGAUGUAAUAGAUUAUUUAAUUGAUAGAAAUGCAAACUUUUAAAUACAAUUUUGACAUAAUCUAUACACAGAAUAAGUUUUAGAUAGUAAAACUCGUACAAAAAAUACAAGAAGGGCACACAUUGAUUGUUAGAACUUUCAAAUUUCUCUUCCCAAAAAAAAAACAGUCGACAGCAAAUCUUUUCCGGUGGUCCAGCGCGAAUCGAUUCAACAAAACCAAUAUUGGCCGCCCAACUGGGUACCAGCAGCUGUGCAUUUACGCUUACGAAUGGUUAGGUGUUAACUCCAUUUUACUAUCCCAAAAAUAUAUAUAUAAAAAUGUGAUGCCGAAAAAAAAAUCUAGAGACGAGAAAAAAAACACAUGAACUGAAUUAUUUCAACAAAUAAGAAUGCCACAUGUAUGUUAUUCACCUUGGAACAUGCCUUUGUUAAGUGUAACAGGAAAUUUCCAGUGUUGAGCUUACUCUUCCAUUUAUGAUAGGUAUAUUCUCAGAAAAUGUUUUUUCAUAUAAAAAAUUGGCUUGUUAAAAAUUAUACCUAUAGUUUAUGACGUUUGUUUGAGUCAGUAGUGAACAAUAACGAAUCAAGAAGAAAAAUUAAAUGUUAUAUUUUAUCCAAGCGUAGCAUCGUUGAAUUAGUCCGUAAGCAGAAGCGAACAACAUAAUGGAUACUCGUGUAUGUAUUUGAUAUUUGGUAACGAAAAACAAAAACACAGAUAAUUAAACAAAAAUUUCCUUCCAUACUACCUAUUAUGCCAAAAACUAUCGAUACUCUUUUCGUAGUGUCUAAAGUUCGGAGCUCUCAAUUAAUCACUCCUUAAGCAAAAAAAAACCUAUCCAUUUGGAGCAGUUAGGUUUUGGAAUUACCGGUAUUUUAAUCUUAUUAUAAACACGAAAAAUGGAAAAACAAACACAGCAGAGUUACAAUUUUAAGCAACGCCAGAAGGGUUCACAUAACCAAUGCCCGUCAACAACCAACAGUGAAAGAAGGCAGAGAACAAAGUUUUAAUGACGAUGAUAAACCAGUUGAGAGUAAUAAAAACCUAUUUAAGAAAAAAAAGAAGACAGGUAUUUUGGUAGGUUAAAAACGCGUUCAAAGUUUAUAAAACAUGUAGCUAUUUAAAAACCAAAAAAAAGAAAUUGUAAUAUGGGGCAGAUGUGUGGGAAGAUAACUCACACAGAUUAAUAUCUGCUAGAACUUGUAACUAGGGAACCAUCUCAAACGUGGUCAUACAUGAUUACUCGAACAAAACUACAGAUGUUUGGAUAACAAUAAAGAGAGACUAGAUGCAAAAUAAAUAUUGUACUAGAAA